UGUCGCAAGUUGGCGCGAACCCCAACUAUAAGUAUCGUGUAUUUAACAUUUUUCUUUCAUAUUUUUCUCUUUUAUUAGAAUAGUAGGAAUUAUCAUUUAUUGUCUCAAAAUGAUUAUUAGGUUUAUCGGAUUUUUUAAUUAAUAAUUUAUCUAGUUCAUGCCUUGAAGUGUAUCUAGACAUAUUUUUAAUAUUUACGACAUGUAUUUUAAUUGUGGAGUAAAAAUAUUAAAAAUCUCAAUUAGAGUUUAAGUUACAUUCGAGAAUAAACAAUCAUGGGUAUUACUGGAUUACUACCUUUUAUAGAAAAAGCAUCCAGACGGGUCAAUGUUAGUGAAUUUAAUGGAUGCACUGUAGCUAUUGAUUCUUACUGUUGGCUCCAUAAGGGAGCUUUUGCUUGUGCUGACAAAUUGGUGCGAGGUGAAGAAACUGAUAUACAUAUAAAGUAUUGUUUAAAGUAUGUGACUAUGCUCCUGUCGAAAAAUAUAAAACCCAUUCUUGUAUUUGAUGGCCGGCACCUUCCUGCUAAAGCAAUGACUGAAUCUAAAAGGAGGGAAUCUCGGGACAUAUCUAAGAAGAGAGCUGCAGAAUUAUUAAGUCUUGGAAAGAUAGAUGAGGCGCGAUCAUACAUGCGACGCAGUGUGGAUAUCACCCAUGCGAUGGCACUCGGCCUCAUCAGAGAGUGCCGCAAGAUCAAUGUGGAUUGCAUUGUGGCACCAUAUGAAGCAGACUCGCAAUUGGCUUAUUUGAACAUUAAAAAUAUCGCCCACCUAGUUAUAACUGAGGAUUCUGAUCUCAUUUUAUUUGGAUGUAGUAAGGUACUUUUUAAAAUGGAUCUCGAUGGUACCGGCACUCUAGUAGAGACAGCUAAACUGCCUCUGGUGAUGAAAUGCCCAAUAGAACAUUACACGUUCGAUAAAUUUAGACAGAUGUGCAUCAUGUCGGGAUGCGAUUAUCUCUCGUCGCUGCCAGGGAUUGGGUUAGCGAAGGCUCGGCAGUUCGUUACGGCCACGCGCGAAUCCAACUUCGCUAACGCUCUUAGAAAAUUACCGAGUUUCUUCAACAAGUCAAAUUUAAUAGUAACAGAUGAGUAUAGAGAGAGCUUCUUAAAGGCCGAAGCCACAUUCAAGCACCAGUAUGUAUACGACCCAUUGGACAGGCAAAUGGUGAGGCUCACCGAACCUGAUGAUGAAGAUAUAGAACAGGCGCUGUGCGUCAACGCCGGUGAGUUGUUGGACCCCAAGAUAGCUUUUCAGCUAGCACUUGGUAAUUUGGACCCCUUCACAUUGAAGGUAAUGGAUGAUUGGCAUCCAGAUCGUCGGGAGAAUGUAAAUGGUCAUAUAAAGACAAACAGUUGGAAAGACAAAGGUGUAUCAACACAUCCUAGUAUUUGGAAUGAGAAUUACAAAAAUUAUUUAGAGGAUCCAUGUCCGUGGCAAAAGAAAGUGAAGAAACUCGAACCUAUAAUAGCUGCGCCGCUGACCAGACCCAAAAAGAAAAUAGUGAAUCUAGUUAGUAAAUAUAUUCCCGAAACAGAAGAUCAAAGUUUGACUAUAGAAAAUUUAAGUAACAUGUACUGUAUGGAACCUGUGGCUAAAAAGCAUAAAUCAGACAAUGAUAGUGGUUUGAACGAAUCUUUUACACAGUUUGAAACUCAAGGCAGUCAUAACAUGGCAUUAUAUGAUGCAGAUAUUUUACCAGAGCUCGAUACACAAAAAGAGAAAUCCCCUAUUUUGGAGAAUAAACGGAGAUCAUUCAAGAAAUGUAGCCUAAAAAAUGGCAGUUAUUCUGUAAUGAAAAAACUUAGUAAAUUUCCAAGAACUGUCCUAGAUGAUAAUAUUGUGGAGAGUAAAUUUUUUAAUUCUAUCUCAAGUGAUACCUCAACGAGUACUUGUAAGGAUAGAAGUUUUAAUGAUAGUGUUACAAUAGAGGAAUCUCCAGAGAAAUUAAGUAGGAACCCCUUCAGAGUUAAGGCAGUUGAAACUGUGACGAGUCCAAUAGAAAUCGACACGGAAUGUAUAGAGAUACCUGAUUCACAAUUGAGUAAUUCACAGAAAGAAAAUUCACCACAGAACAGCCCUGUGAAGAGUCAAAGAAGUCCCAUAUUAGAGCCUAGUCUGCGACACAUGAAUCCUUUGAGGGUACUUGAAGAAAAAUUGCCCAAUGAUAUAUUUAGUGAAGAUUCGGUGAUUGAAAAUACAUAUCCUUUGGAGACUUUGGUUACGCCGGUCGAUUCACAGAGCUCAUUUGGAUCAACUUCGCCGAAAUCGAAAUUAUGCUGGAAUGGUGACACAUCUCAAAAAUCCGUAAUCCCUAAUAGUCAGCCCAAUAAAAUAAUAAGUGGGAUCAACGGCGUUAAGAGGUCCACAUGUAAAGUAUCUACACUCAAAAGGACAACAUCUUUACCAAGUAAUCAACCCACUUUGCUGAGUAAAUUUGGGUUUCAGAAAAAGCCAGUUCUGAAGAGGUGAUAGCUUUAAAUACAACUUAGUGAUAUAAGUUUUAAUUGUGAGUUAAGUGAUGUGUUAAUAUUGUAUAUUCUAGUAUCAAGAUUUUCUGUUUGUUUAUAUA